AUGCACGCCGUGUACGGUAACUGUACGCUGCCGUCGUCGUUGUUACAGUGGUUCCCCGAGGUUAGCCACCACUGCCCCAACACACCCAUCAUCCUCGUCGGCACGAAGCUCGACCUGCGGGAGGAGAAGGACACCAUCGAGAAACUAAAGGAGAAGAAGCUGGCUCCGAUCACGUAUCCACAAGGUCUGGCGAUGGCUAAGGAGAUCGGAUCGGUGAAGUACCUCGAGUGUUCGGCGCUCACGCAGAAGGGACUGAAGACGGUGUUCGACGAGGCGAUCCGAGCUGUGCUCUGCCCGCGCCCCAAGCCCAAGAAGACGAAGAAAUGCUCGUUACUCUAACCGACCACCAGGUGUCGCCGCCGUCAUCAAGCGUCGGAGCGGAGCGUCGGGGGAAUGGGGGAGGGGCGACGGCAGAGUCGUUCGUGUUUUGGCCAGUGCGCGGAGGGUUUACGGGCUGCACGACGACGGUCGUCGCGGAGACGUGGUCGUUGCGGCGACGGACGUCGCGGAGACGCGGUCAUUGUGGCAGCAGUCGUCGUGGAGACACGGUCAUUGCGGCGGCGGUCGUCGCGGUGACGCGGUCAUUGCGGCAGCGGUCGUCGUGGAGACACGGUCAUUGCGGCGGCGGUCGUCGCGGAGACGCGGUCAUUGUGGCGACGGUCGUCGUGGCGACGCGGUCGUCGUGGAGACGCGGUCGUCACGGAGACGCGGUCGUCGUGGCGAUGGUAACAUUAAGAAAUCUGUGGCCGCUCUCAAUGAGACAUGCUUGAAAUCGUUCAUCUAGCGAAAGAGUCACGUUGUUUGCCGUCCGUCGAUCGUCCAACGUUUUCCACUCGCUCUCCCUAUCUGUAUCUCUAUCUCUCUCUCUCCUCCCUCUCUCUCUCCCCCCUCUCCCUUCUCUUCUCUCUUUCUCUCUCUCGCUCUCGGUGAAAGAACCCGCAUCGCACGGUCGCUCCGUCCGUCAGGCUCCGAAAAUAUUCCUCCGUCGUCUCUCGCGCGCGCGCGUUUUUGAUUUCUGUAAUUGUCGCUAGGGGGCGCUGCAGUUUGUUCAUCGCCGAGUCGUCCUCCAUGUGUCGUAUUUUUAACUUGCGGAUCUUCUGCCCGGGAUAAUUCAUAAUUAAUUUAACGACGUGGUCUAACGACGCGAUGUGCUACCAUCGCGAGAACUUCCUCCUUCUCCUCCUCCUCCUCCGUACCUUAUCUCCGUACUGUAAAUAGAUUUGUACGCGCGGUCGGGCGG